ACCAAGCGAAGGACCUCGGGCCCUCUGACGUGUUAUUCAGGCGCCGGGUAGCGGUGAGUUUUCGGGUCAGCUCGGAGGCUUCUUUGGAGGACAGUUGAAUCAUGGCCCUGAGGGUGAUCCGGCUGCUCGCCCCAUCGGGAGCGACCGCUCUCAAAGCGGCGAACGUCGCACCGAAGGCGUGUGUGCACACGAGCCCCGCGCGGCGCCUGCGCUACGGCUGGCUGGCCUACGCGCUGGGCGAGAGGACGACGCCGCGGUUAAAGCACAACAGCAAAAUCAUCACCGUGGAUGGCAACCUGUCCUCCGGGAAAGGGGCGCUGGCCCAGAAGCUGGCCGACAAGCUGGGGAUGCUCUACAUGCCGGAGGCGGACACCUUCUACUUGGACAGGAGGGCCGGGGAGAAGGAGCUGCUCCCCGUCGACUUCAACGGGAUGUGCAGCCUGCAGAGGUUCUACGCCGAGCCCAAAGCCGCCGACGGCAACAGCUACCGGCUGCAGAUGUGGAUGUACACCAUGCGGGUGCUCCAGUACGCCGACGCCAUCGAGCAUCUGCUCACCACAGGCCAAGGCGUGAUCCUGGAGCGUUCUCCCUUCAGUGACUUUGUCUUCCUGGAUGCCAUGUUGAAAGAGGGUUACAUCAGGAAGGAGUGUGGGCAGCACUACAACGAGAUCAAAGGCAUCAGCAUCUGCGAGUUCCUGCCGCCGCACCUCGCCAUCUACGUGGACCUGCCCGCCGAGGAGGUGCACAAGAAGAUGACGCAGAGCGGACAGAACGUGUCCCUGUCGUAUCUGAAGGGCAUCGAGGACAGUUACAAGAACUCCUUCUUGCCCCAAAUCAGCGAAACGUCGGAGCUGCUCGCCUAUGACGCCACCAAAGCCCAAGACGUGGAGAGGGUGGCCGAGGACUUCGAGUAUUUGAAGUUCGAGAAGGGCCCGUGGCUGGAGCAGGACGACGUCACCUACCACCACAUGAGGAUGCUCGUGGAGGACAAACAGAGGGUGUCGACUCUGACCCACAUACCCAGGUUCCUGCCGGAGAUCACCAUCGGAGCCCACGACUACGACAACAAAUACUACGCCUACAAGUCGGUACGUGGCGGCGGCGAGGGAAGGGGGGGGGGGGGGGGGAGCGCAGCCAUGGAGGAGGGUGGCGGCCCGUCCUGUCCGUUCUCCUCGGUUCUGAGGAGCGACCGAUUUUAAACACCUCUUCAUCCC